GUGUUAUAUGUUACUCUUCUUGGUGGUGAGUGGGGUUCAUCUGCUGGUGGGUUAUCAACCAUAAACAGAGAGCUUGCUAUUCACCUUUCAAAUCAUUCAGCGGUGAAGAUUUCUUUACUAGUCCCACAGGGAGCUUGCAACACUGAAGAAAUAAGAGAAGCAGAUGGCUAUGGAAUCACUAUUGUUGAGGCGAAAGAACGUGCAGCAUAUGAUCGUCUUGAUUGGUUGAGCAUCCCACCCCAGGACCACUACAUGGACAUCGUUGUUGGCCAUGGUGUUAAACUUGGUCGGCAAGUACAAUUCAUUAGAGAUUCUGCUCAAUUUCCAAAUUGUAAGUGGGUACAAGUGGUUCACACUGCUCCAGAGGACCUGAGCAGAUACAAAUGCUAUAAUGACCCCAUUUCAAAAGGUGAAACAAAACACGAAUCAGAAGUUGGGCUUUGCAAACUUGCUGAUCUUAUUGUGCCGGUGGGACCCAGACUAAAAGAAGCAUACUCUUCAUAUUUACAGCGAUGCAAGACAAAUCAAGACCUUUUUUCCAUUACCCCGGGCCUUUUUGAAAGGGAGUUUGGGGAUUUAGUGGCAAAACAAGACCCUAAUAAGGAUGGUGAAUUUAAAGUGUUGUUAUUUGGUCGUGGAGAUGAUGAGGACUUUGAACUCAAAGGAUACAACAUUGCUGCUCACGCAUUUACUGAUCAACGGUUGAAUAACAAACCUUAUCAUCUAAUCUUUGUUGGAGCGCCUGAAGGAAAGCAAGAAGAAGUUAGAGAAAAACUUCUUCAGCGCGGUAUUGUGGAAGCGCAGUUGACUGUUAGAAAAUUUGUACAAAGUAGAGAGAGACUGAAAGAUUUGUUGUGCGAAGCUGACCUUGCCAUAAUGCCGUCAAAAUCAGAGGGAUUUGGUCUCGUCGCACUUGAGGCCUUGUCUGCAGGACUACCCAUUCUUGUAGGCAGUAGGUCAGGAUUUGCCAAAGCAUUAGAGAAUGUUCUUCAUGGUAAUGCAUGCAUCGUGAAUUCAGAUGAUCCUGCAGAAUGGGCAAAAGCAAUAGAAGCUGUUCGUUUAAGGCAUGGUAUGAGGCUUCACGAGAUAAAAUCACUUAGAGCAUCUUAUGGGGAGAUGUACUGUUGGACGGAGCAAUGUGAAGCACUUGUGAACAGAAUGCAGAGAUUGGGACAUGGUAAGAGUUAUUUGUUAAGCGCUGGUGUACUUAAUUAUUCAUGUUGUACCAGACAUCACACUAAUAUAGUUAAUUCGUAGCACAAUAUAUGCAAAUGCAAGAGUGCAGUGAUAUACAUGUGCACAGCUUUUAAAGUUGUAUUGGAAGUUGUCAAUGCAUGAAAAGAUCUGUGAUGUGUAGAAUUAAAAGGUUUCCACCAUGUUUAAGGGUCACAGUUGUUUAUGACCGUCAGAAUUUAUUUUUAGUGUUACUUGGGACGAGUGGUUAUGGGUGUUGGAGAUGUGAAUGUGUCAGAAAAACAUAAUUCUUAUACAUUAUUUUUUAAGAAGCUUAUAAUAAAGGCUUGUUCUCGCACCAGAUGCUUCUGAUAUACCAAAGGAUGUUUCCGUCACUGAAAAGCAGUCUGUUGCAAAAACAAAUGCUUCAGCUUCUGGUUUCUCCGGAGAGCAAUGUCCAGUUGAUGAACAGCCUAAAACUGAGGAUUUAGUCAGAUUAAGUGAAGAAUCUCCCUCAACUUGCCAUACUCCUAGCGUUUCAGAGCUCACUUCUGACCAAGGUAUGGAAUUACAUCGUCAAGGUGCCACUCUUUUUUAUUGUGUGCUAAUAAACUCUUGAGAAUUUUUGGCCCUUUUAAGGGGACGCGAUCACGGUUAUGCGCAUGCGCGCCGUUUGUUAGGCUCGAUUACCAGCCGCUGUUCGGGAAAAUGAGCCCGCACUCAUCAAAGACCGGACCCGGGAGACGGCGGAAAUCGAGCCUAGCCGUUUGUCUUUUCAGAAUAAAUUUGUCGGGUCAACACUAAAUUCGAAAUCGCCAUUACCGGUACAAUCAUUGAAAAUCUUUCUUUUUUUAUUCCGACAUCCGUCGCUUUGGCUGGCCUAGUUAUACUUCGGUAGUGGUGAUUAACGUGUGGCUGUGUUGUCUGACUGGUUACGUUUUAAGAAGACGCAAAAAAUAAUGUUUUGAUUAUGGAGGUUCAGAAGAGCAUCGUGGCCGUCCGGCAACAGGACGUUCUCGAGAGUCUUUGGAGAUAGAGAAGCUUAGCCCAUCGAUCUGGUAUGGUUCUAGCAGUAGUGUGUGGCUUACGAAAAGAAUACACGACACUUGGAAAGUGGUUAAAGGCAUGAGUUCGUUUAACUUUGAUUUGAUUUUUGACUCCGACCUGUAGUUAUACCGCAACAGGCCGCCCGAUCUUCACCGAUCUGGUACACUUGAAAUGUUCCUUGUAUCUUUGCUUUACGAUCGUAUAUGUUUAAGAAUUGAUGUUUUUAAAAUAAAUUAUUGCCUGAAUAUUCUGUUUAUAAACUAGUUUCUUUAUGUUCUACUCGAUAACAUUUAUUUGCGUAACACUAACCCGAUGAUGUAACGCGAAUGAAUUUGUUCAUUUGCUGAUAGGCAAUUGAAAUUUAUCCUCAUUUAAGGAUAAUCUUUAUGCUCAUACGUUGUGUGUGUUUGUCACCGGUCAGGCGCUAUUUGUAGGUAAUUCUGGGUUUACAUAUAUAAGGCGAACUGCGAGAACAGUAACAAAAUGUUUGUUUCCAAAUUUUGUUUGCCGAUCGGUGUCUGCUUUGUUAGCGUGGGUACGACCUCGUAAAAAUACGCGUUGGUAAAUGUUUGCUUCAAAGCAGGAGAGGGUUGUAAAUUUUAUUCUUAUCGUCUGCAACAUAUAUCUGAGGAGUAGCAAAGAAUAAACUUGAAUUAUGGGGUAUAUAAAAUCAAACCAAAUGCCCGGAAAUACUCUUGCGUCGCGAACAAUGAAUUUGAAUUUUGUAAAUUUACUUGUGUGCAUCUAACUCGCUUCUGAUUGGUUUAAAAACAAUCAGCUACUGUCAGAACUCACACAUGCGCAUUAUCGUGAACCAGUACCUUUAAAGGGUAACGGUUUUUUUUUUUCACUUUCUGCUAUUCACCAUUUCACAAAGACGAUAACACACCUUGUGUACUUUCCGAAAUUUUGCAUAACCUUUGUCUUUAAUUUCUCUUGAGACAGGUGUAAUUCCCAGGAGAAAUUGGAAACAAUCGGUUAUGCAAAAUUUUGGGGGGUAAACAAGAUGCAUUAUGGUCUAUGUGAAAAUGGUGAAUAGCUAAAGAAUGCUCUGUUUGUGUUAAAGCUUUUUCACCCAACAACGAGUUGAGAAUUUAGCCUCACAGUUUCCUGAUACAUUCUUGAAUUGUAAUAAGAAGCAGUAAUUAACUUUUAGUUAAUAUGCUUUUAAUCAAUAAUUUUCAGAAACAGCAAACACUGUUAAGAUGUCAAUCACCACACGUGAUUUAAGUAGUGAACUGGAGGACGUCGUGGAUAGAAUGUUAAGACAACAACUUAAAGUGUACUUGGAAUACAAUAAAAAAAACAAGCUUUCUACAGCCAGCGGACUGAGUGACUUCAUUAAGCAUUUAGAAAAUACUUACAACUUUACUUUAACAUCUGUUGGUGUGGGAUCUUUGGUAAUAAAAGGUCAGUGUCCUGACCUGCAAAGUCUGGAAAGUCUGUGGAAUGAUUAUUGUUCUGGUGUCCUGAAUGAAGCUGCAGAGAGGUUUUUGGUAACUGAUGAUAUGAAGAAAGAAAUCAACUUGGUGACACUCAGAUUAAAGACUAUUAUUGAGGAAGAAAGCUAUUUGACUUGCAAGAAAGCUCUUAUGGAAAAGUCAGGUGAGUUGGUUUAGCACAGUUUCUUGGGCAAUUAUCUUUAGAGGUCUUAAGACAAGAAAUUGAUUUAAUUCUCUGCUAGUGCUUUACAGCAAUGUACUCAUAAGUAUACAUGUACAUGUAAAAAUUAAUCGGUCAUCUUAGAGACUUCAAUCGAGAUAAUGGAACAAUAGACGUUUUUACCGAUACGGCGGCCAUAUUGAAUUAAUUCUAUUUAAGGAGUAUUAUGCGAUGCCCAGGGGGCAAGAGCACGAUCCGUUGUAUUCGCUAAGUAUUAGAAACAUGGCCUUUCGACACUGUGCUGUUUGUAUAUUUCUCGGGAAAAAGGUGAUCAUCAUUACAUCCAAACGCGGCACAACGAUCUUUUUCCCAUUAGAAUCUUAUCCUAAGAAAACUUUAAGAAAAAAUGCCCCGAAAGGCGCUCGUAAAUACUAAACGGAUUAUGUGCUUAUGCCCCUGGGCAUGCCAUAAUACUCCUUAAUUAAAUCUAACUUAUUCAACGUUGUGUACAAGAUUUUAAAAACACUUUAAAGCAUAACUUAAGAUUAUGCACUAAUAAAUCAAUGCGGGAUAAAAGUGAAUUUGCCAAAGUGCUCGGCCAAUAACAUUGUGUGUAAAGGUUGGUUGCUUCUUGACAGCAGCUAUCCUUGGUCAAAAGAGCCAGUGUUUUGAAAUGAUCAUUCGCCCCAUGUAAGGGAAUCCAAGUUGCCUGGCUGUGAGUAUUUUCUGUAACAGCGCAUUCACAAAAGAUGAAUUUAAUGAAUAUUUUUUGUUAUUUUACUCUGUGUUAGCAAUCAGCCGUAGCGUGUCACCUUCAACUGAAUCAGAUAAGGAAGCAGCUUCACCUCUAACUGACACAAGCCCAGAAUAUUCUGAGGUAGGUGCUUUGUACUUGGGACUAAAAUUGAUAACAAGUAAAGACUAGAAAGGAAAAGAAAUCGAGCUGUUGCAUGGGGUGCAAUCUGCAGAAAUAAUAGCUCGGAAAAAACUAUGACAGUUUUCAAACCCAGUUUUAUUAGACAACGUCGAAGAGAAAGACUGGUUGGGUUACAUUUAAUAAGUUGGAAUUGUAUGAAAAUACUAUAAUGGAAAGAUUGAGCCAUUUUUAAAAUAGCUCAUAUGUCAGUGGUUUGAGCGUAUGUAUCUUCGUGGGUUUGUGGUUGACGACAGGGUUAAUUAAAGGGCCAUGCUUCAAAUUAGGGUUUCGGACAUAGGUCUGGCUUUGUGUGCUCGGAUGUCUGUUGCUGGGACUAGUAAAGUUGAAGGUACUAUUAGUGGAUGCUUAGGAACCAAUGAGAUUUUGGCAUCUAAACAUGAUUUUGCUUACGCUCAAACAAGGGCACUUUGAGACCGCCAUCUUGAUUCUUCACAAUUUUUUCAUCUUUUAUUACGGUUGCUAAGGGUGUCUUGAAGCAUAACACUGAAAUAUCUUCAUGAUUCAAACGCUGAAUAUCUUAGUGUGGGUGCGGCUUAACUUAAGUAGAAACAAUAGCGUUAGGAAAUAAAAUUGGAAGAAGCUAAUUGACAGAUAUUAUUGCUUAAUUGACUGGAAUGACAUGAUAUGAAUGCUGUCAAUCAGAAUUUCGGCAGUUUGAUGAUUAUCUUAGAAGGAAAUGUGUAGUUCCAGAAAAUAUUCAUAGCCUCCCCCCUGCCACGGAGGGCAAGGGGAGGGGGGGUCCAAAAGGAGGCAAUUUUCGAGGGGGUGGGGGGUUGCUUACAAAGGUUUUUUUUUCGGGGGAUCCGGAUAAGAUUGGUGAGGUACUAAUAAAUUAGUAACGGAACUGCCACAUAAGCUGUUAACCAAACCGCAGUUUUAUAAUUAACAUUAACGACAUGGAAAGUCACUCAGUCAACGACGAGUUCUGGAAAUUGUAAAUAUUUUAAUUUCUUUCAAAGUGCAACCUCCACAUCCACCGGUAUAUGGAAAGUAAUAAAUUAUAUACCCAGCUUUUUUUGUGGGCCAUUCAUUUUAGAAAGAGGACAUUUAAGACACAGGUAAAAUUGUUGGAAUAAAACGUUUUAAGUUGUUGUCUAAAUAUUACAACAGUUUGAUUCGCAUAAAAUGGGUCUUUAACUGAGGGAAUGUCGAUUCAGAGAACUUAGCUCCGAAAUUUCCCCACGAGGCGGGUCCAUGUUCCUCACUCCACUAUCCCCCCUUCCCCCCAGGCAGUUGAGGCUCUGCUGCAUAUUUUUUGCUAGCCUCCCCCGCAGACGUUCUUAGGGGUUCGUCACGCGUUCCUGUUUCACGAAUGUUAGUGGGACAGGAACGCGUGACGAACCCCUAAGAACGUCUGCGUGGGAGGUUAAUUUUUGCCUAACCGGCCAGGAUUGGUCCCUUACCUGCUGAGCUAAAAUUUAGGUAGAACACUGCAGUCCCAGGGAUCAAACCCGUCACUUUCAGCUCUUCCGCCCAGCGGUCGAUCAAAGGGGCUAACCCUACCGAGAUUUAAAUUACAUUUCUUGUUUAAUCUGCCUGUGUUUCGAAAGUAAAUCCCCCGGAGGGCAGUCAAAUAAGUUCGGGUAGAGUUGUGCCGCCAAGCCCUUGAAACCCUGACCCUUGAUUGCUCAUUUUGCUACGCUAGCUGUUUAAGACGAGGCGUUAUAUUAUGACCCUGAUUCGUUACGUUUUGCAUACAGAAUUAAGUGAUUUUUCAAAGUGAAAUCAUGGAAUUAGAUUUUUUGGGAAAACCCGUUGCUUCCACAAAUCGAGACCGCUCAUUUCAAGACUGUAAAUAGGGAAAUUGUAUAACUAUGUUUAAGACUCAAAAACCUGAAAACCAUGCCCUGUUCAGAAGGACAUACCUGCCCUUGGCCAAAUAAAGGAGCACCCCCCUUCGGAAGUAAAACUAGAUUGAACAACCAGGACCAGGAAGUAGAUAUUGUAAGGGAAUUGAUGUGCGGGAAUUUAUGUAUUAAAACGAGCCGUAUCCUCUCUACCGAGUCUAACAGACAGCACAUUGUUAGCUCCAUCGUUACUUUGAUUGGGAUUUCAAUAUUUCUCUGUUGCUCACAGAAGGUAAUCAUCUUCGUUUUGUUCUUAGGCGAUAGGUAGAAGGGCUUUGAUGAACGCUUUACGUGACGGUAACACUCACAAAUCUUUCAAACGUGCCGCUCCGCCAGAGCCGCCAAACAAACCUGUCCCUACCCCGCUAGAACCCCCAAACAGGCCCCUACUGUUCUUCCCUGAAUGGCCAAGAAGGCCUGGUCGACCUCCACCUUCUCGUCGGUCCCAGCACGAGCCGAGAGUGUCUCCAAUGCCUGUGAUGGGCAGUGAAUCUCGAUCACCGUUGCCUCGAAGGCGGAUUGUUAGCACUCCACUAGGUAGCCCUAGCACAGAGAAAUGCUCGUCUGAUAACCCCUCUGAUAAGCCGCCACCCCCUGCUUCUAGAAAGAGGCCGGUUCCACGUCGUAAUAUAUCCGAACCAGAGCAGUUUCGGAAGGGCCGUGACGCCACCGUGACCGUUCAGUUGGUUCUUACACGCUCCAUUAAAGUUGAUGUAGCGGCUUCUACCCAAGACCUGGUUCGUGCCGCGGCCAGUACUUUUAAGCUUUCUGAGGAUUCGUUUGCAUUGUGGUAAGGUGAUUUCUAUUUUUGAUUAAACUUUUUUCCCCCCUUGCCAUUAAGAGGAACUGAAGUGUACAAUUUUAGCAGUUAGUCGUUCUAUCUUGAAAUUAUCAUGCUGUGACUGAAACUCUUAUCUAGCCUAAGAAAACCGCAAAAGGUCUAGCAAACAUACUGAUGACGUGUCACUGCCCAGCUGCCGAUUGGUCGUGCCGCGUGGGAAAUUUUCUGAAACAAUCAGGAGCACUUCCCAGAUCUGGGUAGUGACACGUCAUCAGACGGUAUGGAAUUUCUCCGCUCGUUCCUCAGACGUCAUUUCGCGGGAAACCAGUUGUAGCGUCGCAAAAUGAUGGCUGUUUUCACAAGCUAACUCUUAUCGGGUUUUAAGCCGUAAGGUGGCGGAGCUAUUAAGGGUGUGAAUUGAGUCAGCAAGAAAUUUUAUUUUUCCUAUUCAUUAUUUUAGGUUUAUGAGAAAUGGCCAGCUUUCUGCCCUUCAAGAUAAAGAUCUAAAGGGAAUUCUCAACUCCCCAGCAAACAACAUGGAAACUAUUUACUGCUAUGAAAAUAAGCCUCAGUAAAGAUCGUUUGAUAACUAAUUUUCUUACAGGAAACUACUGAGUAAUUUUUUUUACUUGGUAAUGUAACGCUUCGAACCGCGUUUUUUUGUUUUUUGUGAAUCGUUCUCGGUAAUGACCUGGUUAGAGUGGGAUCUGUUGAAUGCCGAAACUAACAGACCAUUUCCAUGUUUCCCAAGCCUCUUCUAGAGAACUCUAAGUGCGAAGUAUUCACAAAAAAAAAUUAACUGAGUUGUCAUGCAAAUGAAACUCGUUAUUAAAUGAAAGAUUUUUCACUUGGCCUCACUUUGAAAGCGAGAACUUUGGAAACUCGGAAAUGGCCUACUUUAUUAGCCAAUCAGCAUUAAAACAAAAACCAAUUGUGACUUGCUGAUUCGGAUUUCCCUGCCCUUGGUGCUGGCUUGGAAAUCUGUUUGGUUCGUUCAAUUGUCUUUGCGCAUCCUGAUUGGUCGAGGUAAUUCCUUUCAUUGGGCGAUAGUCAAGUGAAUAUUGCUGUCAGUAAUACAGAGCUCGGCUUCGUUGAGUAAAUUACUUUUUAUCUUUAUCUUUCGCUUCAGAAAAAAAAUCAGUUGGUGUUGUUUAGAUUUAAUAAGAGUCAUGGUAAAGGAAAUAAGACAGAGAAAUCAUUGAGGACGUACAUUCUAAUUAUCUUGAAAGCGGAAAUGCCUUUUAGUUCGCGUUGUUUCGAAUUUAGCCAAUUUUGCGUAUCAAAGAAACAUUCCAUGAAGUUUGGAAUAGCAUAUUGUUUUGAAUGUUACCCUUGAUCUUUUUGUAAGGUUCCUGUUAGAGACGUGUCGAAUCUUUGUGAGAAUCUUUAAUAAUCGAGUAAACUAAGUUCUUCCUUCAGUCUUAGCAAAUUUGGUGAUUUCAUAAACUGGGAGAAUAAAAGGCAUUAGAAUCUAUUAGUUUUCUACGAUUUUAGUCCAAAUAGUCAGAAAAUCGUAAAUAACGGGAAGUUCUUCUCACUACUUUUCAUGCAGUUCGAUGUUAUUGUUCUGAAUAUUUAAUGAACAACGUAAGAGUUCAAUAGCUCAGGCGCCGAUCGCUUCUUCAAAACAUUCUUGACUUCAGAGUUAUUCUCUAUUGCGUAUUACUGAGGACUGAAGGACUGAGGCAUGACUAAGGCUACGCGUGUGCAGUUUUUUCUCAGAACCUUCGCGGCCUUUCAUGGCCUAAAAAAACCGAAAGCUCUGAAGUCGAGAAUGCUCGAAGAAGAACUUGAUUUUGUCAGGUUAUUUAUUUGAUGAUACAUAUUGUAUCAUGCCGUUGUAUACGGCUUAUGAGUGUCUAAGGUCAUUGCCCAUUUGCGUCCACACGGAGAUUUAAUUUUGUAUAAGUGCAAGGCCUGUUUUGAAGGUCUCUUAUUUUUGUAAGCGAAUUAAUUAAUACAACUAUUUUACAGUAAAACAGUAUAAAUUGAGAUAUCUCAAACGGUUUUAUACGUACAAGAAAAUAAAUAAGAUUAUCAUAAAGUUGCAGUAGUCUUUAUUAAUGAUGCCAAAAAUCAUAGCCGAAAAGCGCGAUUCAAAAACGUAACCAACGCGCGUAUAAGUAGGUUCGGCCACCUUAAGGACCUGUUUACAGGAAGGUCGGGCUCCCGAGGUAGGUGAGGUAACCCGCUUAGGUGGGGUAACCCGCCUGUACAUAUAAUCUCUCAUUUUAAUUUGAACACGUUUACAUGAUAGGUGGGGUGGCCCCCCCACAUGUUACCUCACCUAUCUGGGGUCCCCCACUUCCAUGUAAACAGGCCCUUCGAGUCUUCCCUCUAACUAAAGCAACGUUUGGUGAAUUGAUAAUUCAGUGCCUAUUUCAUACCGCGUGGAAACCUGGCACUACCGGAUUUUCCAGGACUUUUUAAAUUCCGGAUUCAAAAUGGCUUCCAAAACAGAGGGUAAAGCAAAGGUCAUUGCGUGCCGUUGAAACGAUAUUAAGGGCCAGAUUACUCCAGAAAUUUAUUAUUCUACAGCAAAGAACAGUAGUUUUACUGCUAUGAGGAACUUUGAUUAAAAACCUUGAGAAAAGAAAGAUUUAAUCGGAGGCUUUCGCUACUUGAAGUUUUGGAAGGAUUCCCGAAUUGUUCGACAAAAAAUUUGAACAAAGAACCGUCGCGUUUUUUAAGGCGCUGGAUCCGACCGAAUAUUGGGGGAUGAUAAGGGAGUGGGUGUACCUGUUUUUACGAACCGUAAAAUAAAGACUACUAAAAAGGGAACAUGCCAGAGUAACCCUGAGUGAAAGGGCAACGUCGCAUUAGGUCGGCAAGGCUUAUAUUACAUUAGGUUUUCUCUCCGUCGCUGCGUACGGUCUCAGUGAAAAAUCCUAAAGAUCUGACCAGAGACAAUUCUCACUGAACAUAGAUAAAAGCAAGUAUACUUCAGUCUUAAAAGAGAGGCAUUUCUCUUCCGGUAACACUGCAGUUCCUGUCAGACCAGACCUCAUGCAUUGAGCAAUGUUAAAAAACACAAGUAAUUUUUCUUGGCGGGAUAAAUUGUAUAUAGUAUAUAGUGUCUUUUUGAGGCCCCUGCUUGUGAUUCUGUACCUUCCAGUUACAUUGCAAUUCUAGUAAUUUAGACACUACUCAAGACAUCUAAAAAUUCAUUGAUCUGAAAAUGUCAAAUUGCAAUGUCUUACAAGAGCUCACUUGUUGAGCUGCCUCUUUUUGGAACUUAUUGGGUCUACGAGCAUGUUUACAAUUUGGGCAAUCACCUUGUAAUCCAAUCAAGAAUAGUCAAGAAUGUCACGUGACAGAGACAGAGCACCAUACUCAUAGAUUAUGGUCCCGGGGGGGGGGGGUACUCCCUAAUAUGGGCUAUAUAGGUAUGUGCGGCCCCAAAGGGUAGGGUUUUUCAGCCGUUUUGGUCAUAAAUUGGGUAUCGAUUUUGGCUAUUUUGCCGCCAUUUUGGUCAUAAAUAGGGAAACAAUUUUUGCACUGUAGUCUUGAAUGCACUUUUUUAGAAGAAGCUAUUUCCUUAUCAUGUCUCCCUAACCUAAUAAAAGCAAAUAAACAUUGCCUUUAACAUUGGUCUGAACUAGGGAAAUAAUUAUAAGGCAGGUCUGAAACAGGGUAUUGAUUGAAGGGUCAGGUCAUAAAUAGGGUAUCAAAUUUUUGGUUAGGUCAUAAAUAGGGUAGGGAAAAUCGCAGAUUUUGGUCAUAAAUAGGGUAAGGGUUUUGGGAAGCGGGCCGCACACCCCUACCCAAUUUUUCUGCCAGUACCCCCCCGGGAUUAUGGUCAACCUCUUUUCGUUUGGUUGUCACGUGAUUGACCGACCUCAGUUGGCUAGCAUGCACUGAGUUUAGACUAGUCCCUUAUUAUCCUGCAUGUGAUUUAAGAACACUAGGUUUAACAUACAUAACGCCACAAAGUUCACUACAUUCAGUACCUUACACGGACAUUAGGGAGUUUAAGGUACGGAGACCACGGACUACGAACUACGGCUGGACGAGCGUUGUCCUUUGUUUGUAGCACUGGGUUGAGUCAUGCAAAUAUAGAACGUUAAGAUUGCGUUACAGACAGUAGACUACGAGAGAAGAGACGGAGAGGGAAACAACAGGCAAAGAUUUUCUUGUUUUCAUCACAGUUCACAAAAAUGCAAGUCAGUUUUGCAUGUGAUCUUAUCUUUAGAACAAUGAACAAAUUCUUCCAUAAUUGAAGGAAGCAAUUACGUCGGGUGAAAUUGGUAAACAAAGUUUUGGUUAUACCGGUGAGGUUUUAUUUUUUUCGCCCAUGAAUACUUAUGUCAAAUAUUAACCCAUUCGCUCCUGGAGAUUCUGCCGAAAAACGCGUUUUGAAGCUAGUCGAGUGGUUUUCUGGUCACUGUCGUGCUAUAAAGAGCUAAAACCUACCACAAACCGGUUUACAGGCCGUACACUUCAUGGCCUUCUGAUCCAGAAGUAAAAUAUCAGCUUGCGAAGUUCGGGCAUGCGCAGAAAGCAAGCUUUUGGGUUUAAAAGUGACACAGCAGUCUUGACUUUUACUUUGCGCUUUCUCUCCUCCCCUCUUUUUUCGCUUUUCUUGCCUCAUUAUUUUUUUCUCUUGCUGGGCAUUUAGUAGGCUUCAUUUUGGUGGGAAUAGUUUUUAGGAAAGCUUUUAGGAUCUUAGGGUUAGGUGAAAGGAAAGGUAGGUGGGCAAUGGAACAAGAUUUUCAUGGAGAUUUUCAGGUCAAUGUUACAUUGUUUUUUGCCUCUUUCUCCGGUGUCCUUGACUGAAUUGUACUCAUUCUGGUAUGGUUUGAAAGGUCUCUUCACUCUGCACAAGUUAGGGGACAAAGUUGUCCUUGACCGUCAAAACUGAUGACGUCACAAAGGGUAGAAAGGACGUGGAUCCGCACGGGCGGUUACGGGCGGUUCAGGGGCGAAUGAGUUAAACCAAGAGACUAUAAAGGGGGCAGAGAGGGCAUCCCCCAUAUACACCCUAUUCCAUAGGUAAUUCGUCUCGAGUUAUUUUUAACACCACAGAUCUCAAGGGGGAUUAGACAACAGCCAAUCACAUAGCGCGAAUGUGUUCCGCGUGGAUGACCCACGCUGAGAGCCACGCGUCCUUCACGAAAUGACGCAGAACAAAAUGGGGGAAGACGCGGAGAGCCAUUUUGCUAUUCCUUUUGUCGACGAAAACGACUACAGAGAGAUUUCUGCGAAAGCUGUGUCAGCGAAACCGAAAUUAAAAAAGAAUCGCCCUUCCUCUCUUGUAUAGAGCUAACAGUAGAGCAGGGAAUUCCUUAACACACUGAAUACUCUCUCAGGAUCAUUUAUAAUUUACAGUUUGAAGAGAGCAAUUUCUGGUUUGAUGUUUAUUUUUUUCAGUCUUUAUAGCGAUUAUUCCUACCCACUUACUUUGUCAAUUGUAGGCGAACCCUCCUAAAGCUGAAUUUCAAGGGACCAUAUUCAAGCUCAGAAAGAGAAAUAAAAUUUCGUCGUUGCUUAUUUAUGUCCUCCAUAAAACGCGAAAUUAGGCAUUUUCACGUCGUAGUCGUGCAAAAACGGGAAAGAAAUGAACAAAAAAAGUGUGUUGCACAUGCGAAGUUGUUGUUUUGCUAAUUAAACCUAUUGUUUUUUUGACGCUCUAGUUGUCGUCCGCGUCGUUGGAUCUUAAACUCCCUAAAUUGUACAAACGACCGGUUUCAAUAGACCGGCGAAAUUUCUCAUUUUAUUAAAGCAUUGAGGUUACGACAACUUCGAGUUAAACUGAUUUCACGGGUUGUCAAAGAGUCCAGCGAUUCCUUUUUCCCAGGUGAGCGCCGACUCAUUUCGCUUCAAUAUUCAGGAAUGCUCUCGAUCUUUUUACGCUUUCAUUGCCCCUCGCCCGACAUGUUUUGCACGGCGUUUGGUCAUGCGAAACCUCCACGAAACAUCCACGCCUCGCGCGAGGUAACUUUAUCCCGAUUCUAAAAAUAACUCGAGACGAAUUACCUAUGGAAUAGGGUGUAUAUGGGGGAUGCCCCCCCUUUCCCCUUUAUAGUCUCUUGGUUAAACUCCCUAUUUCUCUUUUCCGCGACGGGAAUAAUCCAGGUAACCCCUUCUGUACUGCCCUUUUAAGUUUUGCUCCGGCAUACUUAGGUUACGAUCGGUACGUACAUAUUCUGUGUUCUUGCCUGUAAUGAUCCUCUACUUUACAGAAGCUGGUAGAAUUUAACAGAGGACAAUUUAUAAUCAUCUUUGGUUCGAGCGACCUGUUCAUAGAACAAUUGCUUGCACUUGCGGCUGAGUGUCGGAUUCUUAAGUUUAGCUUCAGGUCAUGACAAAAAUACUGCAUCCUUUCCUUACUAAGUUUAGGCAGAUUCUCCGAAGGAAAAUUGAUCAAUAUUUCGUCGAAAAAGAAUGCUUUCGUUCGAGUUUUUACUCUGACUAUCCUCUAACUAUCUGCCAUUUUGAAACUGGACUUUUUAAGGUGGGUCGACUGGAUUUUUUUGAGGGGAUACCUCCCAAGUUUGAGCAUUAACUACGUCGCCAUGAGUAAGGAUAUGGGAAAAAGAUGACCACAACUGUAUUAUAGAAAGAUGAAAAUUUCUUAUGAUCUGGGUUUUAUUGCAAUCGAAGUCGCCAUGGCAACGUAACAACGCCAUUACGUUUUUUAUUUAUCUUUGUGUUUCUCUGUACCGGGAGUUUUUUUAAAAAGUCGCUUAAGGGAGUUUGUACUUGAACAAAUUCUAUGAGAGUGUUCUCGAGAUAUUUUGAAACGAAGUUUUAAGCAUCAUAAAAACAGUGAAAUAACAUGCUAUCCACACAAUUAGCUAAAUUUUUAAGAAAAUGAUAAGCUUUGGAAACGCGCCUUCAUCUCAUAGUGGUUUGAUUCCAUUGAAAACUGCGAACGAAAAAAGAGGAGAAUUGCUCCGGGCGAUCUCGAGUAAGAAGAAUUUUAGUAACUGGUAUUACAGUUUUUGCACAUAAUUUGGUCCAUGCCUACAAAUUUCGCAUUUUUCAAAAAAACCGCUCGAUAAAUUUUGUUAUAAAUUUUGCAAUCCCGAGAUCAAUCGUCUAUAAAUAUACCCUGCAAGUUUUAAGAACAUUGAAAACAGACAAGGCUGUUAAAUAGGGCCUGAAAUAUAACCAAUUUCCCCCCAUAUUUUGUGUUUACAAGUGAGCGUCCUCAUUAUUCACUGGCAUUGUUUCCAAGUUUUAUAUGCACGUGCCCAUUUAGCAAAAAGAUAGAAUUUGCAUCAUAAAAGAAUACUCGGUUAAAUCUCCCGAAUAUGCUAAUAACCUGGUAAAGAAAUUGGUGAUAUAUUAUAACAUCACAGCAAUUCUUUGUAUGAGUUUCUGUGACGUUAUAACCCGAGUAAGAUAAUUAUUAAAGUAUUGCAUCCUGCACGAUGAGCCGUGACGUUCACCGUCUCGGCUCUCACUGCUAUCUGUGACACAAGCCAAUUAUUAGCAUUUUCCGGAUAUUUCUUCCGAAAGUAAUCGAGAGUUCUUUUGAUGCAAAUUUAUUUCUUUUUGUUAAAUGUGCACGUGCAUAUGAAACUUGGAAACGAUACCAGUGAAUAAUGAGGACGCUCACUUGUAAAUACAAAACCUGGGGGAAAAAUUGGUUAUAUUUGAGGCCCUAUUUAAAAGCGAGAAUUUUACGGCAGAGCCUCUCUGUUCGUUGCGCCGUACUGACGAGCCCCCCAAAAAGACGAAACAGCUGUCUACGGCUACGAUCCCGCUCUGUUUUUGGUUCUUUCGUUGUCGUGUUGAUGUCUUGCAAAGUUAAUUUUCACGUAGCACGAUCAGCUUUGCAGAAUUCAGUGUGUCCCUUGACUGUAAGUUCGCACUAUACAGGAUAGGUCUUUGUGAUUCCACGAAAACCUAUCUGUUAUAGUGUGAACAGCAACGGCCCAGGCCGGCACAAGUCCUUUACACAGUCCAACAUCGUGCCUGCUUGGUUGGACGAGAGGGUUUGGUGCACUAAAUUCCUUUUCUUACUCCUGAAAAUUUACUUCCGUCUCAGUGGGUUCCAUUACUCGCACAUACUUAUUAUUUCCGCGGUGGUCCGAACAGGCGUUUACAUUGCACCAAAGUAUGACACAAAACCUAUCCGCUAUGUGACGCUCCACCUUCGAGCCAUAACCGUUCUUAUGUGGGAACAGACGCCUUAUGCGGCAUGGUUUUCUUGGGGGCGCAAAAGCUAUGUGGUAUAGUGUGAACCAAGCCUUAGACAGUUAACAGGACAGGAGAAAUCCCAAAAUUCUGUUUUCGCAUCUUUUUGCAGAAUUUUGAACGGUUUUAUCAUUUAAAAUCCGGUACUUGGUGAUAGUUUCAGCAUGACUAGGAUAAGCUUUCAUUUUCUGUGUCUUAAAUAGGCACGAAAAAGGUCCUUUGAUAGACUUUAGGCAAUUAUUCUUGUACUCAAAUAUGCCAUAGUAAACCGUUUGCCACUGCAAUCCAGCGUUAAAGGCCAUGAUAUGUAUCUGGAUGUUUCGCUUUCAAGGCUAGUAGCGUUUCCUAUUAAAUUGAUGAGGGAAUCGAAGAACUUAAUAUUGAAGUUAAGUUCUUGAUGUUGUAAGUGGUUUAAACCAACAAAUCCUGUCAUUAUUUGGCCGGGAGAGUGUAGCGUGCUGAAGUCAUCAUCAGGGUCAAGAAAAACCUGAUGAUGACUCUCGCACAGGAAGGUGACUCUGAUGAUCACUUCUGCAUUGGUGGUCAAAAACCUUACUAUUCAAUGCUGUACUCAUCCGGACGACAUAACAAUUAACGUUAGGGCUCAGUGAUAAUGAUCGCCUUCAGGGGCGGAUCUAGGGGGAGGGUGCAGGGGGUGCGCAGCCCCCCUCCCCCCUGAGAUGACCUGAGGUUUUCUAAUACAACUGGUAUUCUGCAAAGAAAAAAACUAUGUGGUUUAUUGGUGUUGAAGUAGAGCAAGAGACGAGUGCACCCCCUCCUAAAAAAAAUCCCGGAUACGCCCCUGGCCUUUUUCCCGAGAAAAAUACAGUGAAUUGAAAGACCAUGUUUCUAAUACUAAACUAGAAAAAGGCGAUCAUUAUUACAUCCAAACACGGCACAAGGAUCUUUUUUCCCAUUACAAUCUUAUUCUAAGAAAACUUUAAGAAAAAAUUUCCCGAAAAGCGCUCGAAAAUACAAACGAAAUGCGCUCAUGCCCCCUGGGCAUCCUAUAAUACUCCUUAAAUCGAAUUAAUUCAAUAUGGCCGCCGUAUCGGUAAAAAGGUUGACGUGACAGGUUCACGUGACCUGUUUACAAGAUACCAAUGCUGAUUCCGUCAUCAGGGUCGUAAGUACUCUACACAGUCAGCAAUUACUUUUCUUACUGACUCCAUUAGAAGAGACAUGGAUGUAAGGGUGCGUUUUUUCGGGAAAAUCCAAAUACGGAUUUCCGAAUCCAAAUCCGGAUUUCCGAAUCCAAAAACGGAUUUUGGGUGUUUUGGGGCAUAUCCAAAAACGGAUCAUGAAUUCAUAAAAUCCACACUCAGGGUGGAUUCUUCGGAUCAAAUCCAAAUCCGGAUUUUUGAGAUUCACAAUCUGAGCGUUUUUUUGGGAAAGGAUUUGAAAAGUAUUUUUGACAAGCGGUUUUUCGCAAAAAAAAAUGGUCUGAACCUAUGUUGGUGGCGUCUUAUUAAGUUUGAGCCAUAUCAUUCCAUGUUUGUCAUCUAUUCAAAUUAUUGGCAGACUGUUUUUAAACCCUUACUUGUCAUGUCUUUUGUACGUAUGUAGGGUCUGCUUACGCUGGUUCACUUUCCAAGUUAAAAAAAAAAAAAACAAUUCAUCGGCUUCAAUUUUAAAUUCUAAUAAUUUUACUAUCCUAAGGGGUGUAUUCUAUUCGAGAAACGUUUGUGUUUCAAACCAAAAUAUAUACAUUUCGUAUAUUCAUUCCUAGCUUAUGUUGCUUUUUCUUCUUGUCCUUGCCGCGGUGAGUAUCCGUUUUUUUUCCCACGAGGAGCACGAGGACAUGCCGUUGUCAUGGCAAAUGAUCCUUUUUCGGAUCUUCCGUUUUUUUGGUAGUGAAGAAUCCGUAUGAUCUGAGAUCAAAAAUCCGUUUUUGGAUUCUCCCUGACCCACCCUUAGCCUUUGAGUGAACGUGAGAAUGAGGUUGAGACUCCUAACUGGUGGACUUUCGUGAGGCACCCAAACUGUUUUCGUGUGAGGUGUUCUGUCCAGUCCUCUCUCCUGCCGCGGCCAAAUUGAAAAACGAGGAGACCCUGGGGACAAGGUUGGACAUUUUAUGUGGACAUACAUAGAACCAUUGCGCCGGUGUCGGCCUGAUUUCGAUUUUAAUUAAGUAUCAUCUAAGAUCUCCUUUCUCCUGGGCUAGCCCGUUGGGAAGGCCUGAUACUCAGGCUACAGUCUGAUUUGAGCGGUGUUGAUUUUAGGAGUCAGAUUAGCGGAGAUAUUACUGGAAGAACAUCAAAAAUUAGAAACUAACAGCUGAACGUCGAGCUGUAUAGCUACAGCAGGGUAAGGAUUCUUGUCUUCGUCUGUUUUUGUUCCCUUUAGUCUCCUCUUUAACUAAAGACUAUGCAGCAAUAUUGAAUUUAAUAAGCAAUGUUCGCAAGUUUAGCUGAGCUUAAAGUGCAGCUUGAACCUAUAAAGAAGUUCAAGAAAAAUGAUUUCCACCUAAAAUAUUUACUGGGAAGCAUCCCACGUAUGGUGCCUAGUGCGCUUUUGGAUGCUUCCCUCUCCUCCUAGGCUAAUUUUUAAAGUGUAUAUGUUUACACUUUUACUUAAUGAAUUGGAGAAAACCGUAAUUAUAAAAAAUCGAAACUGUAACGUUAACCAGCUUAACCAAGAUGAAAAGCGUUGAUGUUUUUGACGAGAAAAUCAUACGAUCAACCCACUUCCGGCUUUGAACACUGAUUGAACUGGCAUCAAGUCUUACGGCACAGUAAGCUUAUGUAUUUUAAAAUAAUAAACGAACUUUUUGAUUCUUCAGUGGUAAUUAAUGCCUGCCAAGGCAUUUCGAUGAAAUUGUAAGUAGGAAUAAUGCAACAUUACACACUGAUUCUUUACCAACUAACUCAAUUCCUAGCCACAUCCCCAACAACCCCUCCCCCUCCCCCUCCCUGCUUCCCCUGCAUUGAAAUGAUUCACCCACUACAUUUGAUGGCUCAGUAAAAUACUAUAGGAAUUCUGUGAGUUUCAAAAUAUAAAUUGUUGCUUUCAAAAUGAGGUUUAGUGAAAAAAAGGGUUAGUGAAUACUGAAAAAAAUAUUUUUAUAUCAAUGGCUUCGCACUUAGCCUGGCUGUAAAACAGAGACUAAUGGAGCAACUUUGAAAUUAUCUAUCUCAUGUUUGCCCAAUUUUUUGCAAGUUUCAAAAAAAUCUCAGGUUUUUUCGAGGCCUUCUCAACCUCCUCUUUCACUGCUUUACACUCUUCGGCAAAUUUCUGAAUUUUGCUGAAGUUUUCCAAUUUUCUCUAAUUUGCCGUUUUCACAAAAAUCACAGAUUUAGCCGAGGUCUUCCUUACCUCCCCGUUUACUGCUUUUCACUAAUGCAGUGAAUUUUCAUAAUUUUUUGUAAUUUUUGCAACUGCAUGCAAACCUGGACAUAAAAUUAUCUCUGUAUUCUUGUUGUUUAUACCCUCGGCAUUAAAACAAAAACCCAAAAAGUAGGCAAUAAGUUAGGCAAGUUUACCUUUUUUAUUAUUAUUGUGUUUCACUAUUCAUUGGCAAGGCAGUGUCUAUGGAGUCUACCUGGUGAAGUGCUCCUCAAAUCAUUACCACAAAAUGCCAAGGCUGUGCAUGUGAGUCCAACAGGAUCCAGGUUUUGUUUAAAAGGUGGAUACAUAACCACUCUUCCCUGGAUUAACUACAGCACUGACAGCUGAGAGUCACAUUAUUAUUAUCUGACAAGUGGGCAGUAUGAUUAAUAUGUUACUAUAGCAAGGACUUAUAUUCCCCUUCUCUUUAUCGGUCAUGGCUGCUUCAUCUGAUUAGCCUGAGGUCAUGAAAGCAACAAGGAGUCUGGACAAUUCAGAGGUUCAUUCUUUUUUUUUAUUUAUUUUUUUGUUACUAAAAGUUAUACUUUAUCCCUGAAUGUUAUACUUUGCUGUUGACAUGUCAGCUGGCAUUUGUUGACUGACAUGGUUGUCAUGUUUACUAAUAUUAACCAUUAUUUCAAAUGAGGCUUGGUCAACAUGUUGACUUGACAGUUGUCGGCCAAUAUGUUGACAUAUAUAUAAGAAAUUUAUGGUAAUAUGCCGUUUGUUUGGUGAAUAACUUUGAUUUACUUCUAUGAUCACGUAUGUAUAUACCUAAUUGAAGUUUGCGUCAUUGUACUAAAAAAAACGAAAGUGACAAAUAUAUGCCAAAAUAUAUCCACUUCAUAACUUGUUUCAUGCCUGAUAGAACUUUAGAUUAUGAAGGAAUUUCUCAUAUUUUGAAACUCUAAAACAAAACUCUUCCUCUAAAAUAUACUGAUUGUAAGCUGUUAAUUUAUCAAAGCGCAUGUCACUGUUUUAAGAAUAAUACUGAAAUCUGGAAGAAAUAACAUUGAUAUCCCUAAUUUAUUCCUAUUUAAAUCAAAUUUUCUAGACGUUGGGUGGGGGAGUGAAAAAAAAAUUGGCUAUUCUACCCCUACAUUGUAUCAACUUACGUAUAUAGUCGAUGAAAACAAAUUUUUGUAUAAAUAAUUGCUAUUACUUUGUUUUCUUUCAUUUUUCUUAGUUAUUAUUUUUAUUAUUAAUUAUUUUCUUAUUAGUUUUAAUUACAUGACCAGGGAUCAAUGUGAAGAAUUAGAUUAAACAAUUAUCAUAAUUUUUUAUUGUAAAAGACUCAAGCAAAUUAAGCGGAGCAUGGUUCUUGAACAGAAGUACCAACAGUUUACAUUUAUGUUCUUACUGUUAUUUAUUGUCAUAUUUGUUCUUUGUAGGCUUGCUAUGGUGACACCAGUGUUCCAGUGUUACAUGUUACUCUUCUUGGUGGUGAGUGGGGUUCAUCUGCUGGUGGGUUAUCCACCAUAAACAGAGAGCUUGCUAUUCACCUUUCAAAUCAUUCAGCGGUGAAGAUUUCUUUACUAGUCCCAGAGGGAGCUUGCAACACUGAAGAGAUAAAAGAAGCAGAUGGCUAUGGAAUCACUAUUGUUGAGGCGAAAGAACGUGCAGCAUAUGAUCGUCUUGAUUGGUUGAGCAUCCCACCCCAGGACCACUUCAUGGACAUCGUUGUUGGCCAUGGUGUUAAACUUGGCCGGCAAGUGCAAUUCAUUAGAGACUCUGCUCAAUUUCCAAAUUGCAAGUGGGUACAAGUGGUUCAUACUGCUCCAGAGGACCUGAGCAGUUUCAAAUCCUACAGUGACCCCAUUUCAAAAGGUGAAACAAAACAUGAAUCAGAAGUUGGGCUUUGCAAACUUGCUGAUCUUAUUGUGCCUGUUGGACCCAGACUAAAAGAAGCAUACUCUUCAUAUUUACAGAGAUGUAAGACAGAUCAAGAAGUUUUGUCCAUUACUCCAGGCCUUUUUCAAAGGGAAUUUGGGGAUUUAGUGGCAAAACAAAACCCUAAUGAAGAUGGUGAAUUUAAAGUGUUGUUAUUUGGUCGCGGGGAUGAUGAGGACUUUGAACUCAAAGGAUACAAAAUUGCUGCUCAAGCGUUUACUGAUCAACGGCUGAAAAACAAAUCAUAUCGUCUAAUCUUUGUUGGAGCACCUGAAGGAAAGCAAGAAGAAGUUAGAAAAAAACUUCUUCAGAGUGGUAUUCUGGAAGCGCAGUUGACUGUUAGAAAAUUUGUACAAAGUAGAGAGAGACUGAAAGAUUUGCUGUGCGAAGCUGACAUUGCCAUAAUGCCAUCAAAAUCAGAGGGAUUUGGUCUUGUCGCACUUGAGGCCUUGUCUGCGGGACUACCCAUUCUUGUAGGCAGUAGGUCAGGAUUGGCCAAAGCGUUAGAGAAUGUUCCUAAUGGUGGUACAUGCAUCAUGAAUUCAGAUGAUCCUGCAGAAUGGGCAAAAGCAAUAGAAGCUGUUUGUAUCAGGCAUGGAAUGAGGCUUCAAGAGAUAAAAUUACUGAGAGCAUCUUAUGGGGAGACAUACAGUUGGAAGGAGCAAUGUGAUGCCCUUGUGAACAGAAUGCAGAGAAUGGGUCAUGGUAAGAGUUAUUUUUGUUAA